ACAUGUGUACAGGUAGGAGAGGCGGAGGAAUGAAAGCCAACCCACAUGUAGAUCAGAGUUUACAGCUCGGCUUUGUCUCUCAUCUCUGUUCUCACCUGAAUACCUCUGUGCCAAAGUUCAGCGCUCACAACUCGGGACAAUAGGAGAAAGAAGACACUGAACUAGAUGUUCUCUGGCAGCUUCAUCUUACAGAUUGUGUGUGACCCUGAGACAACUGAACACAAACACCCGUAACUAUUCAACAAGCUCAACAGCACAACGGGAUUCCUUCCCCUGGCAAUGCAAAACUAAGAAGACACUGUCAGUUUUAAUUGACCCAGAGCAACAUGACCAACAGGAAGGCAGAGGUCAAGCGAAGGAUUGUGUCCAAGGACGGCCACAACAAUGUUCGGAUUGACAACGUGGAGGGCAUGGUCAAGCUGUACCUGCAUGACAUCUGGACCACUGUGGUGGACAUGAAAUGGCGCUACAAACUCACUCUGUUUGCUUCUACAUUUGUCAUGACUUGGUUCCUCUUUGGGGUCAUCUUUUACUUCAUUGGCAUGGGCAACGGAGACUUUGAGGGUGGUUUGAAUUCGAACCACACGCCCUGUCUAAUGAACGUGGAGACACUCACUGGAGCCUUCCUCUUCUCUCUGGAGUCACAGACCACCAUUGGCUAUGGUUUUCGUUAUAUUUCUGAGGAAUGUCCUCUGGCUAUCUUCACCCUGGUGGCUCAGCUCGUCAUCACCGGCCUGGCUGAGAUCUUUGUCACUGGUGCCUUUCUAGCCAAACUUGCUCGGCCCAAGAAGCGGGCAGAGACCAUCAAGUUCAGCCAGUUGGCAGUGAUCUGCUGGCGCCAGGGAAAGCUGUGUCUGAUGGUGAGAGUGGCUAACAUGAGGAAGAGCCUUUUGAUCCAGUGCCAGCUAACAGGAAAGCUCCUCCACUCAAAUGUGACACAGGAAGGCGAGAAGACACAAGUCCACCAGACCUCUGUUGAUUUUCAGAUGGACUCCAGUGGAGAGUGCCCUUUCCUCAUCCUCCCGCUCACCUUCUACCACGUUCUGGACGAUCACAGCCCACUGGUAGGACUGAACGCAGAAAACCUUCACACCCGAGAGUUUGAGCUGCUGGUCACCCUCAAUGCCACAAUGGAGUCGACGGCAGCCACGUGUCAGAGCCGCACAUCUUACAUUCCCCAGGAGAUCCUCUGGGGUUACGAGUUCAAGCCGGUGCUGUUCAGCACCACUGGUGGCCGCUAUGUGGCAGAUUUCAACUUUUUUGACAAGGUACAAGUGAGCAACGAUGCAGCCCUCCUCAGAAACAACACAGAGAAGCUAAAAAUUGAGGAGGACUAUAAAAAAGAAUAGAGGAUAAAUGUGGUACUAUACUGUAUUGUGCCUGUUACUCUCACGGCUAUGAGCCCUAAUUCAAACACACAUUAUUUGAAUAUUGUUGUAAAAUAUCAUAUAAAAACUGAUUUGGUCCUGUUUCUCAUAACAAUACUUGUUUUUGUAAAUCAAAUUUUCCAGCAGACUAGAAAACCUGAUAUGAAAAUAUAAUUUCUCUGCACAUUUUAUUUCGUCUUUUAAUCAUUCUGAUGUCUUUUUUAAAAUAUUAAUUUCAAAGUUUUAAUCUCAUGAAGUAUACCAGAAUUGUUCUUAAUUAUUGGUUGGAUAACGAGGGUUGAUGACCCCAAAGAAAAUUAAUGAGACUGGGUUUUAGUGGAGGGUUUUAGUGUUCCCAAAUUGUAAAUGCUUCAGGGCUUUUUUAAAUAAUAAUUUAAUUUUUCUUUAGAUCCUGUGUUCCAUCACGCUUAUUUACCUUUUUGCAAAGAGUUAGAUGAGAAGAUUGAUACCACUUGUAUGCAAAAUGUGAAGCUACAGCAAUUAUCACUGGAAACAGUAACACGUUAUAUCUUGUUUUUGUCCAUUAUGUGCAAAACUUGAAGAGUAAAAAUGACAACUUGUUGGUUUUACGAGUGGUGUUUAGCUUAGCUUAGCUUAGCUUAGCAGAAUGUGGGCUUUUGCAAUGUUGCUAAUAUUCAUAAUGCUCAGUAGUUGUUGGUCAGGAAAUAUCUAAAUAACAUAUACACACAUAUACAGUGUAAUGUAAUUAAUAAGACAGAUUUGAUGGAAGGUGUAUUUUUCACUUUUGACAAACUUAUAGGCUAGCAGUUUCCCCCUGUUUCCAGUGUUUGUGCUAAGCUAUGCUAAUGCACAGAAAUGAAGCUGAUAUCAAGCUGCUCAUCUGGACGUGUGUGACACUGAACAAGCAUUAUUCCCAAAACAUCAGACUGCUCCUUUAAAAAUACUGAUGGUCAGAACUUCUGGAAGCUUCAGUCCAGAAACAUAUGGCCGCCUGUAGUUUCAGUCUUUUAGGUGGAUUUCUAAUUUUAAAACAUAAAGCAUCUCUCUGCCUGGAGAAGAUAAAUAUGAGAAUAUGUUAGUGCCUGUUACACACUGACAGGUGCUUCACUGUUACUGAAUUUGUAAUUAAUCUUGUAAAUCAGAUGUAAGCAUUGUUAUGUGUCACUCAGUUCGGACAGAUGAGUCUUAUGAGGGUAUAAUGGUGAUACACGGGGGUAUAUAAUACAGAGGCUAAUAUAAAUAAUUACUGUUUGGUAAUUACUGUUUGGUUUGUAAAUAAAUGUGUCUUUAUUCAGUAAAAA